UAAGAGCUCGGAUCGGGAUCGGCCGAUCAGUUGAUCAAAAAGUUUUCCAAAGAAAAGAAAGACAAAAUAGAACGAAACAAAGCGCAUCUUUGCUUGUUCUCUUUCUCUCUCCCUCACGAUCCCGGGUUCUCCAUGGGAGAGAGAGAAGAACCUAGUUCGAUUUUGUCAACGAAUCCUUGUGCCUUCAGCUGAAAUCGAUCAAAACCCGUCCCUGAUCUCCAAUGCCGGAUUCAAAAAGACCCCAAAGAUCCAAUUGGAGAAAUACCCAGAAGAGAUCCCCGUCUCUAUCGAUUUGUUCUCGUUCCAGUGAAUCUGAUGGUGAAUUUCGCGGCUUUUUUUGGGGGAUAUCUGAACUGGGUUUCUAGGGUUCUCGUUGCCCUGACGACGAGGAGGCGACAGAGACGACGAUGCAGCUUCAUUUCUCUCCUAGCAUGAAAAGCAUCACGAUCUCGAGCAGCAAUGGGUUUCUUGACUUCAUGAAUAUCAAGGUCGCAGCUCGCCACAUCUCUUAUCGGACUCUCUUCCAUUCGAUUCUCAUCCUUGCCUUUUUGCUUCCCUUCGUCUUCAUUCUCACGGCCGUCGUUACUCUUGAAGGUGUUAAUAAGUGCUCGUCGCUCGAUUGUUUGGGCAGGAGAUUGGGACCAAGGUUUCUUGGUAGGGCAGAUGAUUCAGUGAGGCUGGUUAAAGAUUUAUACAAGAUACUAAAUCAAGUGAGUUCUGAGGAAAUCCCAGCUGACCUCAAGCUUCCGGAAUCUUUCAGCGAACUUGUCUCAGAAAUGAAGAACAACCAAUAUGAUGCCAAAACAUUUGCUAUCAAACUAAAGGCAAUGAUGGAGAAAUUUGACAGGGAAGUCAGAGCAUCCAAGUUUGCUGAGCUGAUGAAUAAACAUUUUGCAGCAAGUGCUAUUCCAAAAGGCAUCCACUGUCUCUCUCUGCGAUUGACUGAUGAAUAUUCCUCCAAUGCUCAUGCACGCAGGCAGUUGCCAUCUCCAGAGCUACUCCCCUUGCUCUCUGACAACUCUUACCACCAUUUUAUCUUGGCAUCUGAUAACAUCCUUGCUGCUUCUGUUGUGGUUGCUUCUACCAUCCAGUCCUCACUAAACCCCGAGAAAAUAGUCUUCCAUGUAAUCACUGAUAAGAAGACUUAUGCGGGUAUGCACUCAUGGUUUGCACUGAACCCUCUCCCUCCAGCAAUUGUUGAGGUGAAAGGUGUUCAUCAAUUUGACUGGUUAACAAGAGAAAAUGUACCUGUUCUAGAAGCUGUAGAGAGUCACCAUGGAAUCAGAAACUACUACCAUGGAAACCAUGUUGCUGGGGCCAAUCUCAGUGAGACUACUCCACGGAUGUUUUAUUCAAAAUUACAGUCAAGAAGUCCAAAGUACAUUUCAUUACUCAACCAUCUCCGCAUCUAUCUCCCAGAGCUGUUUCCAAACCUUGACAAGGUGGUCUUUUUAGACGAUGAUGUUGUAAUUCAGCGUGACCUGUCAGCACUGUGGGAGAUUGACCUAGAAGGCAAGGUUAAUGGGGCUGUGCAAACCUGUAAAGGUGAAGAUGAGUGGGUAAUGUCGAAACGCUUCAAGAACUAUUUCAAUUUUUCUCAUCCCCUCAUAGCAAAGAACUUAGAUCCUGAUGAAUGUGCAUGGGCAUAUGGGAUGAACAUUUUUGAUCUACGUGCAUGGAGGAAGACAAAUAUCAGAGAGACAUAUCAUUUCUGGUUGAAGGAGAAUUUGAAGUCAAACUUAACAAUGUGGAAGCUUGGGACAUUACCACCUGCUCUGAUUGCAUUCAAAGGCCAUGUUCACCCAAUUGACCCUUCUUGGCACAUGCUGGGAUUGGGUUACCAGAAUAAUACUGACAUUGAGAGUGUGAAGAAGGCUGCAGUUAUCCACUACAAUGGCCAGUCCAAACCAUGGCUAGAGGUUGGCUUUGAACAUCUCCGGCCAUUUUGGACCAAGUAUGUCAACUAUUCCAACAAUUUUAUAAGGAAUUGCCACAUCUUGGAGUCAUAAUAGAUCAAAUGAACAAGUGGGAAACAGAAAGGGAGAGGUGACAGAAAGAUUUAACUGGGAUGGUGGAUUCCCGUUAAUUUUGCAUCUCCUAAUUUUCGUGAUAUUCAUUUAAGGAAAACAAGAAAUUUGACCAUGCGGGUAAUACUCUUGGAUUCAGAUACUCUGCUGUCCCUCCCACUUCUACAGAGAGGACCUGUAUUACUGGUGGUCAUGGGAAACAUUCUUUCAGUCUGUGACAUAGCCAUCCAUGCUUUAUUUUUUGGUCAAAGGACAAAUACCAAAUCUGUCUCCUGAAGGGCAUUCAACAUUGCCUUAUCCUUUGGCAGGAAGAGCGCUAGAUGCGCGCACAGGUAGAAUAAGGGUAAUAGAAUACAAGCAGAAUUCCGAAAUUGGAUGUCAGUUGGAUAUGCAGAUAUUUGCAAGAAAUGGGAAGACUUGUUCUUUUGUAAGGUACCCCUAGAUAUCUUUCUUCUAUUAUAUUUUUUCAUCCUUUUUUUUAAUGGUUGAGUCCCCCCAUUUUUUUUGGUUCCAUAUUCAUCAUUGUGAUUCUUAGAAAGUGGUUCUUGGAGAUUUGUGUUACGGAUCCCAUUUGAUUGGGAGUUAUUCUUAGGUAUUUGUUACGCACGAUUCAUGAGAAUAUUGAAAUGUGCAGAUAAUUCUCUCUC